UUCGCUACUUAAUUUAUCUUUAGUCUACAAACGAUAGUGGGUACUUAGAGACUGAUACUUUUUAUUUAUCAUUACACAUAGCUUGUAGUAUGAUUUUUAGUCAAGAAUGGUGCAAUGUGGUGAGUACGCAGACGAAGAUGCUUGCCGGCAGUUAGCUAGCUAGCAAUCCUAUGUCCUGUGUAUUGGGUGAGUAUAUUUAGCCAUAUAGCUAGGCUUACUAGUUGGUUGAAUUCAUUAUUUAGCUACUCAAUUGAACACAUUUUAACUAUCUAGCUAUGUUUAACGUUAGUUAAAGAAUGCCUCCUAAGUUUUUCGUUUGACAUGCACACAACUGACAGCUAUCAAAAAUGAAACAAUCAUACAUUUUGUGUGAACUGCUCCUGAUUCUGCAUCCUACACAGCUGUUCCUCGGCUAGCCCAACUGGAAUAGAUGGGGAACGUGCCACUUGACAAUGGAGGAUACUAUCAUCAGUGAUGAUGGCUGCAUAAACGGUGUGGUGGCGUUACAGCAGUGGCCGUCUCCUUGCUGGAUGGGGACCGCUGCUCUGCCUGCUCCUGUGGUGUCUGGAAGCGCUGAUGAGGCCCUUGGUGGGGGUGGAGGACCGGUGCUGUGCCACUCUAAAGGGGAUUGCCAAGUUGCACUGCCAGCUAUGGGGCAAAAUUCAGCUCCCCACUGUCCAGUCCACCAGCCUCACUGUCCCCUCCACAGCCCUCGAUCUCCUACCCCUUAGGGCCAAGCCCAGUAUAGGUAAGUGUGAAGUUAUCAUGAAUAUAUUAUACACUGCUCAAAAAAAUUAAGGGAACACUUAAACUGCUCAAAAAAAUUAAGGGAACACUUAAACAACACGAUGUAAGUCCAAGUCAAUCACACUUCUGUGAAAUCAAACUGUCCACUUAGGAAGCAACACUGAUUGACAAUACAUUUCACAUGCUGUUGUGCAAAUAGAAUAGACAACAGGUGGAAAUUAUAGGCAAUUAGCAAGACACCCCCAAUAAAGGACUGGUUUUGCAGGUGGUGACCACAGACCACUUCUCAGUUCCUAUGCUUCCUGGCUGAUGUUUUGGUCACUUUUGAAUGCUGGCGGUGCUUUCACUCUAGUGGUAGCAUGAGACGGAGUCUACAACCCACACAAGUGACUCAGGUAGUGCAGCUCAUCCAGGAUGGCACAUCAAUGCGAGCUGUGGCAAGAAGGUUUGCUGUGUCUGUCAGCGUAGUGUCCAGAGCAUGGAGGCGCUACCAGGAGACAGGCCAGUACAUCAGGAGACGUGGAGGAGGCCGUAGGAGGGCAACAACCCAGCAGCAGGACUGCUACCUCCGCCUUUGUGCAAGGAGGAGCAGGAGGAGCACUGCCAGAGCCCUGCAAAAUGACCUCCAGCAGGCCACAAAUGUGCAUGUGUCUGCUCAAACGGUCAGAAACAGACUCCAUGAGGGUGGUAUGAGGGCCCGACGUCCACAGGUGGGGGUUGUGCUUACAGCCCAACACCGUGCAGGACGUUUGGCAUUUGCUAGAGAACACCAAGAUUGGCAAAUUCGCCACUGGCGCCCUGUGCUCUUCACAGAUGAAAGCAGGUUCACACUGAGCACGUGACAGACGUGACAGAGUCUGGAGACGCCGUGGAGAACGUUCUGCUGCCUGCAACAUCCUACAGCAUGACCGGUUUGGCGGUGGGUCAGUGAUGGUGUGGGGUGGCAUUUCUUUGGGGGGCCGCACAGCCCUCUAUGUGCUCGCCAGAGGUAGCCUGACUGCCAUUAGGUACCGAGAUGAGAUCCUCAGACCCCUUGUGAGACCAUAUGCUGGUGCGGUUGGACCUGGGUUCCUCCUAAUGCAAGACAAUGCUAGACCUCAUGUGGCUGGAGUGUCAGCAGUUCCUGCAAGAGGAAGGCAUUGAUGCUAUGGACUGGCCCGCCCGUUCCCCAGACCUGAAUCCAAUUGAGCACAUCUGGGACAUCAUGUCUCGCUCCAUCCACCAACGCCACGUUGCACCACAGACUGUCCAGGAGUUGGCGGAUGCUUUAGUCCAGGUCUGGGAGGAGAUCCCUCAGGAGACCAUCCGCCACCUCAUCAGGAGCAUGCCCAGGCGUUGUAGGGAGGUCAUACAGGCACGUGGAGGCCACACACACUACUGAGCCUCAUUUUGACUUGUUUUAAGGACAUUACAUCAAAGUUGGAUCAGCCUGUAGUGUGGUUUUCCACUUUAAUUUUUCGGGUGACUCCAAAUCCAGACCUCCAUGGGUUGAUACAUUUGAUUUCCAGUGAUAAUUUUUGUGUGAUUUUGUUGUCAGCACAUUCAACUAUGUAAAGAAAAAAGUAUUUAAUAAGAUUAUUUCAUUCAUUCAGAUGUAGGAUGUGUUAUUUUAGUGUUCCCUUAAUUUUUUUGAGCAGUGUACUUCUGGUUGUAAGAAUAAAAAUCGAUGGUCGGUGGUAGGACACUGUUCAAAAGGUAAACACAGCUGUCAGCUAAUGGGGAUAAUUCAUUUCCGGAGUGUAUUGUGGAUGGGGGUAGUGAUGGGACUAAUGAUACCGGAGCUCCGAUGCGAUUUUCAAAGCACUAAAUCAAAUGAAAUUGUAUUUGUCACAUGCUUCGUAAACAACAGGUGUAGACUAGCAGUGAAAUGCUUACUUACGGGCCCUUCCCAACAAUGCAGAGAAAAGAGAACACAAUGAGUAACGAUAACUUGGCUAAAUAUACACGGGGUACCAGUACUGAGUUGAUAUGGGGUACGAGGUAAUUGAGGAACAUAUACAGUGAGCUCCAAAAGUAUUGGGACAGUUCAUGUUUUGGAUUUGUUUUGGAUUUGAAAUGAAACAAUGACUGAGGUCAGACUGUCAGCUUUAAUUUGAGGGUAUUUUCAUCCCUAUCGAGUGAACCGUUUAGAAAUUACAGCACUUUUUGUCCCAUUUUAAGGUACCAAAAGUAUUGGGAUAAAUUCACUUGUAUGUGUAUUAAAGUAGUCAAAAGUUUAGUGUUUGGUCCCAUAUUUCUAGCAUGCAAUGAUUACAUCAAGCUUGUGACUCUACAAACUUGUUGGAGGCAUUUGCUUUUUGUUUUGGUUGUUUCAGAUUAUUUUGUGUCCAAUCGAAAUGAAUUGUAAAUAAGAAUAGAAUGUUUCUAAACACUUCUACAUUGGAUUGAGACAUAGCCCAUGCAAAGAAACAGAUAUUGCUAUCUUAAACCGACAGGUUUUGAUGGGGAUUUUUUUAUUUUCUUUAUUAUACCUCAAAUGGAGCAUGGCGGGGCCUCAAGCGGAUACAUUAUUUUAAUUAAUACGGCAAAGGAAGCUAUUCUGAAAUCGUAGCACACUAGUAUCUAAUCUUGAUAGCGCCUAUUUAGAUUGUUUUUCUUUCUCAAACGGUGUUUGUAAAUUAAACAGCUUUAGUAGUUAUUGGUAAUUAUCAAAUUAUGGAUCCAAAGUUUUGUUUAUGUAAAAGUGAGUUGAAAAAGUUUAAUUCAAACCCAAAGCAAAUUUGAGAAGCAGUUACCACUUCAUAAAUGACCUACAAAGCUUUGUUUGAUCCCUCAUUCAGUGUAUCCCGCUGUGGCUUCCAAAACAUCGACCUCUGCUGGACACUAUUUACAGACUUAGUCUAGAUAUUCUUCUCCAUUUCUCACUUGACAGGUGGCUCCGACUGUAGAGCAGCGGUGAGUGAGUCUUGUGGAGGCACAUGAUCAAAUCCCAAUAUUCUAACAUUUUAAAUGAUGAGUUUCGAUAAGCAUAGGCUGUUCGUUUCAAAGCAUAAACGGAUAGUUUCAAAGUAACAUUACCACGUGAUCAAUGACGUCUGAAGCUUCGUUUGAUCACAUGCUUUUUCUAACUGUGUGUUGCAAAAUGCGAGAUCCCACUGAUUCGCCAUGGUGCCGGUGCUUUCUUCAAUGCAAAGUUGCGUUCAAACACCGACCUCUACUGGACACCUUAUUUCCAAAUUUAGUUAGAUUUAUUUUUUUAUAGCACCUGAAUGGGUAGCUCAGCGGGUAGGGACAGGGAUUUGGGUUCAGACACCAGCAUAGGCACAAGAUCGAAUCCUGGCUAUGGUUGAACUUUUUUUUUUUCUGUGAAACCACACUGUUUUCCCCUUGUUGUUCAAAUAACUUUUUAUUUUGUGUAGCCUAUGAUAAUCUUUUGUCUUCAGCAUCCUAAAUAAUACCACGGAUGCACCGUUUUUGAAAGAAUUGUGAACCUGGAGGGUGAAAACCCCUCAUUCAAACUAAAUUUAGUUGACCAACUCUCUCACCACGAAGUUUGGAUGGAUGAAAUGGGAAUAUAAAUAAUAAUAAUAAUAAAUAAUAUGCCAUUUAGCAGACGCUUUUAUCCAAAGCGACUUACAGUCAUGCGUGCAUACAUUUUUGUGUAAACAUCAAACAUGCUGUUCUGUAUUCUAGACCAGCAGCUGUCACUAAUGUGCACUGUGUUAAAAGCUCAGAGUAAUUAACAGUUUUUUCGGCACAAUUUGGUGAAAGCCCCAAAUGGUUCAGAAAGCCUCGGUUUCCAUUACUAGGUGGGAGGAUCAUAGCCUGGCUACCCAUCCACAUGGCUCCGGCGAAACGCCACGCCCUCUAACCUUUCUUCUCCAUGAUGAGUCUGGAUUUGAUCUCCCCGACUAAAUUAAGUAUGCGUUGUCAGGCAAGCAGGAUCACCCCCUUAAUACUCUUGAGAUCAUGAUUCAUAUUUGAAAGUACAAAUAUUAAAUCACCUUUUUUUAAUGGGUUAAAGUGAUACUUCAGGGUUUUGGCAAUGAAGCCCUUUAUCUACUUCCCCAGAGCCAGAUUCAUUUGUGGAUACUAUUUUUAUGUCUGCAUGCAGUUUGAAGGAAGUUGCUAACUAGUGUUAGCGCAAUUCCUAACUAGCUUUAACACAAUCACGAAGCUAACUUCCUUCAUACUGCAUGCAGACAUACAAAUGGUAUCCAUGAAUUCAUCAGUCUCUGGGGAAGUAGAUAAAGGGCCAAAAUUCAUUGCCAAAAUCCCAAAGUAUCCCUUUAAUACAUUUAUUUGACAGCACAGCCUGGUUAUGUAAUGUGUUUGGUGUGUGCGGAUUGCAGAGUCCCAGCUGGAGGCCAAGGCAGCACUGCAACAGGCUGUGGAGAUGAAGAAGAGGGAAAAGGCCCACAAGCUGCUGGUGCAUACGCUCAACAUGAACCCAGACUUUGUGGAAGCUCUGACGGAGCUGGGGACCAUUCUGGAAGAGGAGAAGGAUGUUGUCCAAGCAGACCACCUAUAUACCAAGGCCCUGGCCAUCUCACCAUGCAACGAGAGGGCCCUGGUGAGCCAUGACCGCACACUCCCCCUGGUGGAGGAGAUCGACCAACGCCACUUUGGGGUUAUCGACAGUAAAGUAUGCAGGAUGAUAUCCAUCCCCAAGGGAAACUCUGUCCUUAGACGUGUCAUGGAGGAAACCUACUACUACCACAUCUACCACACAGUGGCUAUAGAGGGUAACACACUCACUCUGUCUGAGAUCCGCCACAUCAUUGAGACUCGCUACGCCGUACCCGGCAAGAGCCUCCAGGAGCAGAACGAGGCCAUUGGUGUGGACGCAGUCAUGAAGUACAUCAACACCACGCUGCUGUCCCGCGCUGGGGCCAUCACUGUCAAUGACAUUCUGGAGAUCCACCGGCGCGUGCUGGGCUAUGCAGAUCCUGUAGAGGGUGGGCGGCUGCGUACCAGCCAGGUGUUUGUAGGCCACCACAUCCCACCCCACCCCCAGGACCUGGAGCGCCACAUGCUGGUGCAGUGGCUCAACUCAGAGGAGGCCCUGCAGCUGCACCCUGCGGAGUACGCAGCGCUCACCCAUUAUAAGCUGGUGUACGUGCACCUCUUUGUGGACGGGAACGGGCGCACGUCACGGCCGCUAAUGAACCUGGUGCUUAUGCAGGCACGCUACCCACCGAUCACCGUCCGCAAAGUUCAGAGUACUACACUGCUCUGGACACAGCCAACGAUGGUGACGUCCUCUCCUUCAUCGCCAAAUGCACAGAGAUCACUCUCUGGAUACCCUGCUGAUCGCCACCACUGA